GAAAAGAUUUUCAUUGACGAUCUUCCAAGACUUUCAUUGGUUUAUAAUAGUAAUAGAGAGAGAGAGAGUCCCUGAAGUUCGAUUAAGAAUGAAAUGAAGGAUAAAGAGAGUGCAAUGAUUCAACUGCGUGCACGAAUAAAGAGAAAACGAACCGAGGCUCAUGAGUAUCUUAACUGUCAGUUUUAUGACCGAUGCCACGAUGUAUUACUGCUCAUUGAAAAAAUAGAUUCCAACGAGUACUUCAAGCAGAACCCAUCGUCCCUACCGCAAUACUCUCUUUAUGUUAAAGUUCCCAUGUAUUGGGAGUCCAUCCGAAAGAAGCUUAAGAGCUAUAAUUAUACAAUGGUGUCUGAAUUCAUAGAGGAUAUGCGUCUAGUGAUUAACAACGGUUAUGCUUACAACGGUUUAACAUCGGAUGUUUCCCCGAUUUGCAGGGAUAUAGAGCUGGUUAUGGAAGAUUUAUUCAUCAAAGAGUUAAAUGCUGAACCACCGAAUAUUAGUGAACUUAGGAGAAUGGGCACCAAGCUGGACUCUGACAUUUCAAAGGAAAUAUGGAAAACCAUAUGCUUUUAUGAGAAAAAGGAUGAAAAGGUGGCGGGAACUAGGGCAUCGAUUUCGUUGGCACAGUGUCGAACUGCCACCCUUCGGAGAAUAUGGGAAAUCAUGAAGUUUGCAGGUAAUCGAAAAAAGCAGAAACCAAUGAUACGAGAAAAUGGGCCCAAACGAUCAUCAUCUGUAACUACAAAAGAGUCGAUGCAGUUGCAGCAACCCGCUUCGAAAAAAGUUUCGGCUUCCCCACAAACACAUGAAAACGACAAAAUCCUCAAGGAUGAUAGUCCUACUCCAACGCUAGAGCGAGUUCCUCAGAAUGCCCGUUCAGACAACUUCACAGUUCGUGAAAUCAGCCUUAUAAGGAUGGAAGAUGACGGCAUAUCUAGUAAUGAGAAUGAUAUGGAAGAAUCACCUACUUUUGAACCAGAAUAA